AGCCAAGGGAAGGGGAGCGGCCCCGCGCUGCCGCCCGCGCUGCUGUGGCGGCCCCGGCUCCUCUCGCCGCCGCGGCCCCGGACCUUCCGGCGGACCGAGCCCGCUACCUGCCCGGCCGCGGUAAGCUGCUCCUCCAACUUCCCGGCGCGGGAAGCAGCUCCCCGCGUCCCUUCCCACCGCUCCCUCCCUCGCUGCCUUUUAUUCCUCCCCUUUCUCCCCCACCCGCCCUUUUUUUCUCCCCCCCGUUUCAUCCUUUCUAUCCGGGCUCGCCGAAAAACGGGACUUUCGCCGCGGUGCCCACACCGGGCACGGCCGAACCCCCGGCACGGAGCUCCGCCGCUCCGCGCUUUGUCCCGGUCCGGCCCGGCCCCGCGGAGGGGGGGGAAGGGAGUGCCCGGCGCUGCGCGAAGCUCCGCGGCCUCGCUGCCCCCGCGCUGCUGGGGAGGGACCGCAGCCCCGACCUCCCGUGCGGGAGCAAUGCCCGGCUGCUGCGGGCACCCGGCGCUGGCACCUCGGCGGUGCGGCUCUGCCCGGGUCGGGGACCAUCAUCCCGCACGGUGGAGGGGGGGUUCCCCUCGGGAAAGGCUCCCGCGGGCUGCUCUCAGCUGCGGCGCGUUAGGGCUGGAGAACCCCCGGAUCCCCUCCCCCCUCGCCCCCGCCGUGCCUUGGCCCCACACUGCAGUUGGGGGAAGAGCUGCCCCUGCACAGCGCGGUGUGUGAGCAGGGGGUGAGGCGGGGAGAAGGGAAGCCCGGCUGCGUUCGGUGGUUUUCCUUUCGCCUUUCUGUCCCAGAGCUGCUGCUGAACCCUCAUUUUUUCAAAACGCCGUCCCUCCCACAGCUUCCCCGUGCCGCUGGAGAGUGGGCGGGUGGAUGGAAAUACCUUUGCUGGGAUAAGGACUGGCUGCUGCACUGGGGAUGUGGUGCUCGGCAGCCCCUCGCACGGCCCGGCUUUCACCGCGCUGUGAGCAGGGAGGUGAGGGAGGCCGAGGAUGGAGCAGUGCGGGUCCUGCUGGGCAGCACUCGUGUGUGUGUUCAGCUCUGGUGAGUGCCCAGAUGCAUACGGGCAGGAGGUGAGGUGUGAGCUGGGCUGAGCAUCCCCACCUCUGGCCAUGCUGUCUGUGAGGGACCCACGGUGGUGCUGAGGGUACUCUGGGGGUGUGCAGCCUCUGGAUAGCCAGGAGUGACACAGGUCCUUCUUCCCACACUGAAUUCACUGCUCCCCACUCCCAAGGCGAGGAGGGACCGCAGCUCCCUGUCACCGGUGUAGCAGAGACGGGGCCUGAGCCACGCUGCAGGCACCCGCUUCGAGGUGUUGUGAUGGAUGGUGGCACCUUUCCUUUCUGCAGUAUUCCCGUUAUAAAACAGAGGGAGCUGCUGUGCUUUUCUGACCACCCGGUGGAGGUCCUGCUGUUCGAGCACUGGGUGUGCAGAGCUGUGGGAUCCUCACCGCUCAGUGAGGUGCGAUGUGCAGCCAGGAAGGCAUCAGGGCUGUGGAUGGCAGGUGCCAUGCUGGCUUUGGCAGGAAGCAGAGUGAGCCCGGAGAGAAGGGUCUGUGUGUGGGGAUUCAGCUUCCGUCGAGGAGCCUUGCAGAUUGCAAGCUGCCAAGGAGCCCAGGUGGAGGGGUGCUGGCAGCCAAGGGCUUUGGGCAUGGUGUGCUGAGGGGCUCCCUUGGGUAGCAGCUGGGAGAGGUGCAGGACUGGGCAAGGGCCCUGGGAGGAGGCGAGUGGUGCUGCAGGCCCUGGACGUGUGUUCCCAAUGGGGCUGCCUCCCUCUGCCCUCUCCAGGGAAGCAGCACCUCUGCCUCCUGUUCCCCCACCUCCCACCCAGGCCCUGCUCCAUAAGGAAGCAAUUAUUCUGUGCCCCCACGAGUCCCUCCCUGAGCCUGCGCAGGACAUUUAGGCUCAGUAUGGAAAUGCGACAGAUUUUCCAUAUUCCACUUUGCCCCGUGAUGUUAAAAACGUACGUGACAGCCUCUUCCAAAUGCUGCAGACUUGGCUGGCACUCAGUAACAGGCAGUGUGACACCAGGGGCAUGAAACGUGGUACCCAUAGCCAGACAGAGGGAGAACGAGAUGUCAGAGUGCAGCGCGCUUCCGGCCCCGUUGUCGUGAGCCAUCCCGUACCCGAUGUGAGAGAUCUUUCAAAGCUGGCCAAAUGUUCUCAUCUCUGAAUACCAUUUUAAAUAUUCAUCCAGACUAUUUUCAACAUCUGUGCCCGGCAUGUUGUGAAAAGGCAACAAGGGCCGUUAUGGAAACCAGAUCGCUUUAUUCCCAGAUGGAGUGGAAAGGGCAGGAGCCGUGAGGGCUCUGCGAUGGGGCCGAGCGCCCGUGGGGAGUGAUGGGAGGGUCCCCUCUGCCCACAGUGUGUGACAGAGAGGGUCGAGUGGGAGCAGCGAUGAACCAACAGGGCAGCAUGGAGGCAGCUGUGCUCUCUGCUCCCACAAGGCUGGGGCUCCGUGGGCUGCUGUUGCGUUGCGUGAGGAGGAGAUCUGCAGCUGGUGCUGGUGGGAAGCGCUAACCCCAGCUUAUGGUGAAUUUAGUGUCACAGUGAAGUGGGCUCAGCCUCACCCCAGCGAUGGGACCGGCUCUGCCCAGGGCUGCGUGGGGCACCGCAUGGCCCCAGCAGGUCCUCCCUGGGGGCAGCUCACCGAAAGCUCCCAAAGUGGGUGAUGCAUCCGAGAGUCUUUGACACCUCCGUGCACGUGUCUGAGCGGCCCUGGGGUGGUUUGGGUGGACUCCUCUUUUUUUUUGUUUUCGAUAACCUAGGAAAUCUGGGCUCCGUUCCUCCCUUUUGUAACGUCAGACUGAAGCUAAUUCAAGCCAGGCCAGAUGCUGACCACAGGUAUGCCAGUGUAAAUUUGAAUGGAGUCGCUUACGUCUUGCUUGGCCUGGUCUGAAUGGAGCUGCUUCUGUCUGAUGCCAGAGGGGCUGAGGUCAGAAUCUGGACCAUCCUUUCCUGUGUGCGGGGUAAUAUGUAUGCGUCUCUUGGCACUGCUGGGGUACCGUAUGGCUUGUGUAAUGCUGCCUCCGGCCUGCCAGAGAGCAUUGCAACAGCUAUCGCCGAGCGCCUGCUGCGGGAGCGCGCUGCCUCGCGUCGCCCACAUGAGCCAUGUGCACAGUGUGGGGCACGGGCUGGAAGCCUGAGGGGCUGCAAGGAGUGAGCAGCUCCACAGUAGGGAAGUGGCUGUGGGUCUGUGUGCAUUGACAGCCCUCUGAAAUCAUAAAUGAAGGGGGAAAGGGAGCUCGGCCAGGACUGUGCUGUGCGGGAGCCACAGCCUUGUCCUGGUUGGCGGCUGCUCCAGUGCCCACAGCCCCAGCCUUUCCUGAUGCCCACAGCUCCACUGUGGCACGCUCACCUCUGCCUCGUUCUUUCCUACCCAAAAGCCAAGCCUGGUCCCAGUGCAUGGGAUUUUUCAUUUCCUUUUAAAUAUUUCUCCGUUGUGUUUUUGUCCUAAUGACACAUGGAAUGAUUUAUCCGUGUCCAGAGCCCAAUUUGGUCCUGGUGCACGCCUCUUGUUGGGGGCCCAAAGCCCACAGCUGGCACUGGCUCGGUAGGCACAUACAGAGGGGCCCCAUGGUCUCCCAGCUCAUGGAAUUGGACGGAUGCCCUAUGGGUCUCUCCUGCAGCACAUGUGGCCGUGGGGCGGAGACCCUCAUCUGCUCAGCUCCCCUGGAUGCUUCCACCCCUCACUGUGCCGUGCUGCAGGGAGCCUUGUGGGGCUGGCACCUCACCUCUCUGCCCACACCCAGCAGGGACCGGGCACCCUCUGCCCAAGCACAGGGCUGAGAGGAUAGGGCUGGGUGAGCCCAGUGCACUUUCCCCUGCCCUUUAUGGGCUCAUUACCCGGCUGUGGCAGUUGUCAGCCAUGUGCUAAAUGGCAUUUGCCGGUGCAUGACUUGGGCCUCCAUUGCACCCUGUAGUGCUGCUGCGGUGGCCGGGCUGCGGCGCAUGGUGUGGCCAUUGCUCUGGCUGCUCACAGCUUCCCCGCUGCUUUAAUUGGAGAAGGCUGCUCCAGCGCCGCAAAGGUCCUGGGAUCAAAUCUGGCUAAUAACCGCCUUCCCUCCCCUCCCCAUGUUGUUCCACUUAAUCCUAUAAUUACCUCUGCAAAGCUGCCGCGGCCUCGCUCUGCUCCCCAGUGACCCCAGGCCCGCUGCAGGCACCGGGGUCAGCGCUGGGAAGUGUGUUCUUCCCGUGCCGCUCACCUGCUGCACCUGCCUUCGUGCAUCCGGGCUUUGCACUGAGGCAGAUGAGCACCCAGCCAGCACUCGGAGCUGUGUUCAGCAUCCAAACCCAGCACACCUGCAGCACGGUGCCUACAGGGAGAGGAUGGGGUGUGUGCGUCGUCCCAGUGAGCCCCUGGCAUGGCUGCAGGCGGUGCAGAACCGCGGGUGCCCCUGGCAGUGCUGCUCUGGGGCUCAGGGGUGUGGAGAUGCCGUGCAUAGCAGCUAAUUUUUAAAGUGCAAAGCACUUCCGAGUGUGAAGGCAUGGGGACUUCCUUCCAAACCGCAUGGCUGUUAGCAUUCCCCAACCAGAGGAGUGAGGAAAUCACCCACCUCAAAAAUGUAAGCGCCACUGGGGAGGAACAUGGCUGCAGCAGCAGCUGGGACAGAGGCUGCGGCCUCAGGGAGGGCAAAGCGUGUGCCACGCUCCUGCUGGAGCUGGCAUCGUGUCCUCAUCCAGCUGGAAGGCAUGAGGGAACCUCAGCCUCGCCCUGGGGCCACGGAGGGCCAAAUCCAUCCUGAUGCAGGGUCAGCAUUGCUGCUUGCAUGCCUUCCCCGGCGCUCAGCCGGCAGUGUCUCCAUUAGGUUUGAAGCGAGGGCACCAAAGAUGGGAAGUGGAAGGGGGGCAGGUGGAGCUAGGAGAGAAAUACCCGCUGCUGGGCCUCCCUGGCAGCUUGCCGGCAGCCCAGGGGUCACGCUGAAUAUGCAUAAAAGGGAGCAGAUUGCAGCUGCCCUCCUCUCCGAUGCAGAGGUGAGACCCGUGGAGACCACCGGCCCCGGCUCCCUUUCAGUGGGAUAAUGGGGUGAGCUGCGCACGGGGCGUGUGUGCAUGUGUGUGGUCUGGCGGAUGAUAAUGAUUUCCAUUCACACGGUGCCUCUGCAGCGCCGACACGCCGCUCGGCAAGCGCCGGGGCCCAGAUCCCCCACGGCUGCUACCCAGCAUAGCCCCAAAAGUUUUGGCACCAGAGCACAGCGUAGGGCAGGAAGGCCUCUGCCGUGGGUGUCAUCCCACAGGAUAUCCAUCCCUUCAGAGCUGUCCCCGUGUGCCACAUCAGCGUGGUGGCUGCGCCCCAUCCGUUCCCACCCCGGGGCAGGAGGGGGAGUUCCCUGCUCACGUGGGAUGUGAGCAAUGGGAGAGCUGGAAGCUCGUGGGAAGGAUGGGGCUGUUCUGUGCUCUGCAGGUGUGCGUGUGGUUGGGGUCUGGGGGGGCACCUCACCAGCGUGCACUGGGCAGACGUGGGCAGCAGAGCCCAGCAUGUGGGGCAGGUGAUGGCCAGAGCAACCUGUGCAGCUCCCCCUGUGCACAGCAUGAGCCUUGUCCCCUCAGCAGGGCAUGGGGUGGACGUGCAGGGAGCAAGCAAACAGACUGAACUGCACUGGGGAGCUUGGAACGUGGCUUAGCUGCAGUGCAGCUCUCAGGGAGCGCCCAGCAGCUUGCUGCCAGCACAGAGCUGCUAAAUUUGCAGGGGAAGACCAGGAAAAAUAUGAUUUGGAAAGAUCAGAAAAGAUCCUGAUGGGGAAGGUUUUGUUGGAACCCAGGAACACAUGGGUGUUGUCCUACUAUGUGUGGUGCAGCACAUGGUGCAGACCUGGCUGGAGGUGGUGGGGCAUGGGCAGGGCUCCACUGUGUGCAAGUCCUCGUGCUCCUGCAUCGCCGCGCCACGGAUGCUGUUCCCCUGCUCACUGUGGGUGUCCUGCAAGCAGCAGUGAUGCCAUGUGCACAGAAGCAGGUGGAUGGCUUAGGGUCAGUACAUUUCCAUCACAGUCUGCCCAGGAACAAUAGUGUUUGGGGUGAGGCACAUCUCCUGUAGCUCCAGCCUCUGCCAGCUUCAGUGCAGCAGUGCUUGCAGAGUGGCACAGCGUUUCCUGCUCUGUGGUGACGGCUCUGUGCCUGUUGCCCACAGGUCCUGCUGCUGGGCAUGGCCUUGGGCAGCGCUCUCCUCUCUAGGGUUGUCCCCAGGCCCACCUCUGCUCUAGCAGUGCCACCCACUGUCUGUGCUCGUGGCACAAGGGAUUCUUGGUGCUGCUUGCUGAGCGCCCGGCCACUGAGCCACACACAGGGCUAUACCCGAGAGGCUGUGCAGGUAGCAGAGGAUGUGCUGCUGGGUGAUGCAGGCCACCGAGUUGGCUGCAGACACCCCUCUCCCAUCUGUGGUGGUGGAGCAGAGGGAAGGGCCCAUCCGCAGUGGGGAACUCCCUGGGCAUCAGCUGCUGUUGCCCUCCCCGCUGCCUGCUGCUGGCUCAGGGGCUGCAGAGCUGGGCCUGGCCGGGCAGGGAGGAGCUUCCCCCAUUAGUGGUUUGGCAGCUUGGCUAGGGUGAGCUCCCUUCCACAGAAAAAGGAGAAUAAAAUAACGCAGAGCAAUAGAAACAGGGCUGUCCCCAGCAGCAGGAGCAUGCUGCCAGGAGCAGCACAGGGGCUGAGGACCAACACUUCGUUCCUGGGAGUGCAGCACAGAGCCCCAGCCAUCCUGCAGUGCUGUGCUGGGGGCACAGGGGUAGGGCUGGUGGGGGCUCCUGCCCCACUGGGUAGAGGCAGCAAGGCCAGAAGGAGCUUCUGGCAGUGGAAACACUGUGGCUGUGUGGCAGUGGGGUUUGCAGGGAGGUUGGCCACUGGCUUGCAGCCACCUCAGGGUCAGCAACAAGGGAGAUGUGUGAUGGUCCACCUCGCAGAGAGGCAGAGGGGAAUGGGGUGCUGACCCCAGCAAGCUGUGACAGCAGUGUGGGGCUAAUUCCCAUCCUCAUGCUCUUGCUGUGGGGAGCUUCAGCUCAUGGGCAUCACCUCAUGCAUGCAGGGCUGUGCAUGAAAGCCCAGUUUAUAUCCAUGGGUGUGAAUGUCCCCAUCUCGCCUGAAACCUGCAGGGUGUUUGUGUGGGAAGGGGAUGGUUUUGACCUCCUCCUUCCGAUGCUGUCGGUAGGGCAUCCUGAGAUGGUGUUGUGGCAGGGCACAGUGUGGGAGAACAUUUGCAGCUCAAUGCCCAGGUGCUGAGCUCACCCUGUGCCCCCUGCAGGGGCUGUGCCACGCUACGGGUGCUCCAUGCCGUGCCACCCCUCACUCUGUGCUCUUAUCCCAGGGAGGAUGGAGGCCCCUCAGCUCCUGCGCCUGCUGCUCACCACCAGCGUGCUCCGCCUGGCACAGACUGCAAACCCCUUCGUGGCUCAGCAGACACCCCCAGACCCCUGCUACGAUGAGAGCGGGGCUCCCCGCCGCUGCAUCCCCGAGUUCGUCAACGCCGCCUUUGGGAAGGAGGUGCAGGCUUCCAGCACCUGUGGGAAGCCCCCAACACGGCACUGCGAUGCCUCGGACCCCCGCCGAGCCCACCCACCCGCCUACCUGACCGACCUCAACACCGCCGCCAACAUGACGUGCUGGCGCUCCGAGACCCUGCACCACCUGCCCCACAACGUCACCCUCACCCUUUCCCUCGGCAAGAAGUUUGAGGUGGUCUACGUCAGCCUCCAGUUCUGCUCGCCCCGGCCGGAGUCCACCGCCAUCUUCAAGUCCAUGGACUACGGCAAGACGUGGGUGCCCUACCAGUACUACUCCUCGCAGUGCCGCAAGAUCUACGGCAAGCCCAGCAAGGCCACCGUCACCAAGCAGAACGAGCAGGAGGCGCUGUGCACCGAUGGCCUCACCGACCUCUACCCGCUCACUGGCGGCCUCAUCGCCUUCAGCACGCUCGACGGGCGGCCCUCGGCCCAGGACUUCGACAGCAGCCCUGUGCUGCAGGACUGGGUGACGGCCACCGACAUCCGGGUGGUGUUCAGCCGUCCCCACCUCUUCCGCGAGCUGGGGGGCCGCGAGGCUGGCGAGGAGGACGGGGGGGCCGGGGCCACCCCCUACUACUACUCGGUGGGCGAGCUGCAGGUCGGCGGGCGCUGCAAGUGCAACGGGCACGCCUCGCGCUGCGUCAAGGACAAGGAGCAGAAGCUGGUGUGUGACUGCAAGCACAACACCGAGGGGCCCGAGUGCGACCGCUGCAAGCCCUUCCACUACGACCGGCCGUGGCAGCGGGCCAGCGCCCGCGAGGCCAACGAGUGCCUGGCCUGCAACUGCAACCUGCACGCUCGGCGCUGCCGCUUCAACAUGGAGCUGUAUAAGCUGUCCGGCAGGAAGAGCGGCGGCGUUUGCCUCAACUGCCGACACAACACGGCUGGGAGGCACUGCCACUACUGCAAGGAGGGCUUCUACCGGGACCUCAGCAAGUCCAUCACGGACCGCAAGGCCUGCAAAGCCUGUGACUGCCACCCAGUUGGUGCUGCUGGCAAGACCUGCAACCAAACAACAGGGCAGUGCCCGUGCAAGGACGGCGUGACCGGCCUCACCUGCAACCGCUGCGCCAAGGGCUUCCAGCAGAGCCGCUCGCCUGUGGCCCCCUGCAUCAAGAUCCCUGCCAUCAACCCGACCUCUCUUGUCACCAGCACGGAGGCACCUGCAGACUGUGACUCCUACUGCAAGCCAGCCAAAGGCAACUACAAGAUUAACAUGAAGAAGUACUGCAAGAAGGAUUACGUGGUCCAAGUGAACAUUUUGGAAAUGGAGACGGUGGCCAACUGGGCCAAGUUCACCAUCAACAUCCUCUCUGUCUACAAGUGCCGCGACGAGCGGGUCAAGCGCGGAGACAACUUCUUGUGGAUCCACCUCAAGGACCUGUCCUGCAAGUGCCCCAAAAUCCAGAUCAGCAAGAAGUACCUGGUGAUGGGCAUCAGCGAGAACUCCACCGACCGGCCGGGACUGAUGGCCGACAAGAACAGCCUGGUCAUCCAGUGGAGGGACGCCUGGACUCGCCGCCUUCGGAAACUGCAGCGGAGGGAGAAGAAAGGGAAGUGUGUGAAGCCCUGAGGGCCUCGUGCCCCACGCGGGUCCCGGCCCCACUGCACACGCAGACCAUGCCCAGAGACUCUGUACAUACAUAUCGUGUGAACGGACUCUUCUGUCUAUAGUGUAUAUUUUGGCAACGGUUCCCCUUUUUGUGUGCGUGUGCACGCGUGGGUGUGUGCACGUGUGUGUGCGUGUGUGUGUGUGUGUGUGUGUGUCUCCUCUCAGUGUGUAUUAAAAAUAAGGCGGUAAUGACAAACCUUUAAUGAGGAGCAAAGCAGAGGGGGUCCUGUGGGUGCCUGCUGCCUGAAGGAGCUUGAGGGGCUGGUUUCUUGCUCCGGGCGUGCUGUUCCUCACCCUUCUGUCCUACUCUCUCUUUCCCCUUGAGCAAAACCUUCUGCCCAGUGCUGCUGUCUGAGCUCGCGGCUCUCCCUGCUGCAGAGCCCGGUCCCUCUCACGUGCUGCACAUGUGCUGCUCUCAGCUCUCUGUGCCCCUUUUCUUGUGCAGCAGAGACGGGAGGUCGGUUUCCUCCAUCCCGCUGCACACACGGACCGGCUGGGUGGAGACCAUCCAGCGCUGCAGGACCGGCCCCAGGAGCUCCGCUGGGAGAACCAAGUGACCUUUCUCCAGGCCUGAUCCUGCAGGACCUCAGCUUUACAUGGACUGGUGCUGCCGCCCAGGGGCAGGGCCCAUGGAAGUCUUGGGGACAGCCAGGGCUGUUGGCCACCACCCCACAGAGCUGUUCUGAGCAGGGCGCAGGGGUCUGCCUGUCCUGGUGCGUGGUCCAGGUGACCCAUCAGGAAAGACCUGCAGAUACCCAUAUUCUCCUCUCGUGCCAGCUCUGCAUGCUGCUGUGACCUUGGCCGUGCCAGAGGUGCAGAGGCAGAGGUGGCAGGAAGAGAGGAGAGCUUUCGCUGACCAACCUCCAGUCUUUCAUUUCUUCUGCAUACUGUAUUAGUCUCCAGUUCAAACAGACAUCAGUUUCUUUCCACGUUGAGGUUAUAGUGGUCUCGAUGUAAUAAACAUGAAUGGAAAUAAUAGUUGAUCUGACAAUAGAUAUUCCUUUCCAUACAAACCUUGCCUGUUUAGGAAGGCUGUGAGGCUCAGCAAGGUGUUGCAGCCUGUGCUGCAGUCCCCUCGUGUGUUAGGAGGAUGCUUUGGCCUUCCGAGCCCAUCACAUUGCGAGCGGCCACCCCAUCCCAGGGGUGUCUGCAGCAGAGGCACAGCCCUGGGGGAUCAGAUCAGGGGAGUUUGGGGAGCGAGGAUCUACGCACUUGGAGAAGCUGCUGAAGAUACCAAUGAUUGCUUUUCAGAGACACAUGGGGCCAGCAGUGCUGUCCCUCUGGCUCUGCGGAUGCUACAGUCCUCUUGCAGGGCAUGGGUAGAACUGGAGUAGCAGAGGGGCAAAGCACGAGUUGGGACCGUGUGGUUUUGGAUGAGUUGCUCCUGUGCUAUACUUCCAGCUCAGAGCUUCCUUCCCUGCUCUGGACGAGUCGAAGGGACUCUCCCAUUCCUAGUGCUGCUUGUUCUGGUUGUCACAGGCCAUCAACCUCUGCCACAAAAUGUCCCUUGAACUACUCAGACCCCCAGCCCUCCUUUUCCUCGCUGCUGCCUGCACCCAGCAACCCCCAGCUGACCACAUAGCUGCAUGUUGGAGCCAGGCAGAGGCACCCUCAGCUGUGCAUGGAGGGACUCCUGUUGGGGUCACUCACCGGUUGGGCUCAGCAUUGCCCCGGGGUGCACUGGGAUCUGCCGGGCCCUCUCCUCCUCAGCCGCAGCUGUUGAAGAGCAGCAGAGCAUGAAUGCUGCCUGGGACAGGACUGCAGAAGGAGCAUGCAACCUCCAAGCACGCACAGCCUCGGGCAGAGGUGUGAAGAUCCCAUGCUCCCCAAAAUCCACUCCACACAUACUGCGGGACAGGAGGCUGCAGGUUUUCCUUUGGCAGCGGGACAAGAGGCUGCAGGUUUUCCUUUGGCACCUGUCUCCUCUUUCUCCUCUUCACCUGAAGUCAGCUCCUAAAGCUCUGGGAGGACUUUGGUGUUGGCAGCUGCUGUGUGGGAUUUACCCUGCCCUCAGUGCAGCCCCCAGGACCAGUGAUCCCAGCAGUGUCUCACAUGCAUCCUGCUGGGGCCCUGCACCGUGCAGCCCAGCAUCACUGCACAGCUGCCAUCACAUUAACCAGAGCUGGGCACCAGCUGCAGGCAGGGACCCACAUCUGGGGGUCCAGCAGUGCUGCUGGGGGUGCUCCGAGAUGUAUGUGUAACUCCCCCGUGUCUGCAUGCCUUUUUGUCACCGCUUCCCAUUUGCUUUAUAACUGUAGCAUAUCACCAGGUGAAGCAGACCCAGGAGGCUGGCAGGAUCAUUUUGGGGAUCCCUAUGUGGGUUGGGGGGCUCUGCUGGGCUUUCUGGUCUGCUGAGAUGUGCAAUAUAUGUACCAACUGGGGCACCCAUGAAAGCCGUGUCAAAUAUGUACAAAGAAAAGCCAGCGGAUGCUAUGGACCACAGUGUAACAUAUAUAUGUACGUUUGUUUUUAUUAUUAUUUUAUUAUUAUUAUUAUUAUUAAUAACAUGAGUCUAAUAAGUA